AUGUUGUCCAAGUGGCUGUGGCGGUUUGCCACGGAGAGAGAUAGUUGGUGGCGUAAGCUUAUAGAUAUCAAGUAUCACAAUCCCUCAUCGGUUUGGCAAACGGAAAAGGUUAGAAGGGGUUUUUCACAAUCGGUGUGGGCAAACAUAACUAAAGAACAUGAACUAUUUUGGAAGUUCGCAAGUAUAGACCCGGGAAAUGGAACUAUGAUCUCCUUUUGGCACGACGUUUGGAAUCAGGGGAUGGUGCUGUCUUCUGCAUUCCCCCGCGUUGCUGCUGCCGUUGUCGACUCCGAAGCAAGACUCUCCGAUGUAGCAUCCCUCAAUGGUGAGUUGGUGAGUUGGUCUUUCAAUCUUAAAUAUAAUCUGAGGGGGGGUGCUGAAAGGGAAAGGGUAGAAUUGUUGAAUUUUCUUAAUAAUAUCCCCAUGAACAAUAAUGCUCUUAGUCCUUGCAGAAUAGUUUGGAAUCCUGAUCCCAACAGCAAGUUCUCGGUGAGCUCGUUGUACAGGAUGCUUGUGCAGGAAACGUUGCCAGGAGUGAUUGAUUUUCCAUCGAAACAAAUCUGGAAGAAACUGAUUCCUAGUAAAGUGUGCUUUUUUAUGUGGUUGGUUUAUCAUAACAAAUUAAUCACUGUUGACAGCUUGAAGAAGAGAGGGUGGUCGAUGGCAAAUAGAUGUUGUCUCUGUUGUAAAAAUGAAGAGAACAUUAAUCACUUAUUGGUGGAGUGUGAGUUCGUGAAGGAAGUAUGGAGAAUUAUCAACAGGGGUAGAUUGGUGUUGUCCUACCAAGACAGGGAGGUGAAACUCAUAAUCAAGCACAGCCCUCAUUCCAAGCCGGGAAACGUAGGGGAUUGGUUUACUUACUGUAUCCUACAUGCAGUUUGGUGGUUUGUGUGGUUGGAAAGGAAUCAACGUGUGUUCGAAGAGAAGAAGUCGACUGCUAUCGGGGUGGCUAGAAGAGCAGCGAGGAACGCGAUGGAAUGGCUGGUGUCCCAUGGUCACAUUGAUAAAACUCAGGGGUUGACCUGGUUACAGGAGAGUUUAUUGAUCGGCUGA